UACGUCAUUUCCGGAAAGAUUCGGGAGGCCCGGAAGAGCACCGUGUGCGUUUCUCCAUGAAUGAAAACUGAACCGCAAACUUAAUUUAUUCACUAACAAUAGAUACAUAAUUUUACAGCAUUUUUACAUAAUUUUGCGUUAGCUCGUUUUAACGGGUUCUCUUGCAUGUAGUUGUUGCUGGGACUAAAGGUGUCUGCACAAAGAUCUAUGUUGCACCCGUGAGAGUGAAGAGCCUGUGUGUGUGUGUGUGUGUGUGUGUGUGUGAGUGAGCCAUGUCGGUAUCAGUGAUCAUAAAGUGGGGAGGACAGGAGUACUCUAUCAGUUCUCUGUCUGAGGAGGACACUGUGAUGGACCUGAAACAGUCCAUUAAGAGUUUGACUGGGGUGUUGCCAGAGAGACAAAAACUUCUUGGACUAAAGAUUAAAGGUAAACCUGCAGAGGACGAGGUGAAGCUGGGCUCUCUGAAACUAAAGCCAAACACCAAAAUUAUGAUGAUGGGUACCAGAGAAGAAAGCCUGGAAGAUGUUUUAGCCCCUCCCCCAGAAAAUGAUGAUGUCAUCAAUGAUUUUGACAUUGAGGAGGAGGUCAUAGAGGUCGAGAACAGAGAGGAGAACCUCGCAAAAAUAGCCCGAAGAAUAAAAGAGUAUAAGGUGGAGGAAAUGAACCCUCCCCGAGAAGGCAAAAGACUUCUGGUGCUGGACGUGGACUACACACUGUUUGAUCACAAGUCAUGUGCAGAAAUGGGUCAGGAGCUGAUGAGACCAUACCUUCAUGAGUUUCUUACAUCAGCAUAUGAGGACUACGAUAUCGUCAUCUGGUCUGCUACGAGUAUGAAGUGGAUAGAAGCCAAAAUGAAAGAGCUCGGUGUGACAGACAACCCAAACUACAAGAUUACAUUCAUGUUGGAUAGUGGAGCCAUGAUCACCGUACACACUCCAAAAAGAGGAGUGGUGGAGGUGAAGCCUCUAGGGGUGAUAUGGGGGAAGUAUGGAGAGUUCUACAACAGGAAGAACACCAUCAUGUUUGAUGACAUCGGACGAAACUUCCUCAUGAAUCCACAGAAUGGACUAAAGAUCCGACCGUUCAUGAAGGCCCACCUCACCAGAGAGAAGGACAGGGAGCUCUAUAAACUGGCUCAGUACUUAAGAGAAAUCGCCAAGCUGGAGGACUUCAGUGGACUCAACCACAAACACUGGGAGAGGUACCUAUCUAAGAGGCAGCCUCACUGAUUUAACUCCAAACACCUGGACUGGACGCCUCCGUCCCCCGUUCUGGGUCUCGGACUGAAGUCAAACACCUUUCAUUCACCUCGGAACUGACAAAGAUUUUGUAAUUAUCCAUAUGCAUGUGUUCAACCUAACCGUUUUUCUCCCAAAUGUUUUUUAUUUUUUUAAAUUUUUUACAACAUCAGUGGUAAUUACGACUCUUAAGUGUGUUGGGUAAAUAAAAAUAAUUUACUCCGACAACACUAACUUGAACCAGCUCAUGAAGACCUGCGGCUUUGUCUGAUAACAUAACCGUAAAGCUAAAUUUAUUCAAAAGUAAACACACUCUGGUGCAACUGCAAAUUCUCUUUCCGUAACAAGAUAGAUGGAAUAAACGAUUCAGGUUCAGGUCAGUGAGUGAUGCAUUCCUCCUCCGUGGAACACUGAAAGCAUCAAAUUACAUCAAAAAUAUCAAAAGUGUUUUCAGCGACUCAGCAGUCGUUUAUCAUGUAACAGUUACUCAUUUAUGCCGCAUAUCUGGGAAGGCCCUUAUGUUCAAGUUGUUAUGGAGAUCUGUAUUAAAAAGUUUGAAAUCAAAGGUGUUUACAUUUCAGCGGCAUGCAGUGAUGAUUCUGUGGGAUAAAACAACAUCAAACCCUUUCAUCAAAGCUUUGUUUUGCACGUUUUUGAUGGAGAAAGUUGUGUUAACGUUGGUAAUCAUCGCAGACGUGGUUGCACACAGACCUGCAGGGUGGUAAACAUUUAUUUACUAAACGUGCAGCGGUGAUCAGGUUUCCAUGAGUACAUUUGUACACGAUGCUGCUGCAGCACAUUUAAAUAUAGUUUUCUCCCUUUUCAUUUUUGUUGUUUCUGAUUUGAAGUAAAACUGUUAUAGGUAGAUUGUUUGUGAGAAAAGAACAAAGAAAAGAAAAAUACCUAUUUUUAGCAUUUGAAAUAGUUGUAUUAAUAUCUUGAGUUUAAAUGAUGAUGGAAACAUUUCUGACAAGUUUCAGAAUGCUUGAAAUUGAAGUCCUUAUUUUUUUUAUUCUAUUUAAUGAUGCUCCUGAUAAUGUGGCUGCUAAUAUCAAAAUAAACCUUCUGUUCCCAUUUUUUUAAAACCUAA